AAAUAUAUAUCAAUAUAAAGAGCAUAACGGUAUAAACGGGAUAGUAUUCAGUGUUAUACAAUUAAUUAUACAAUUUAUAUUUUGUAAAUAAAUAAAAUUUAUAUUCUUAAAAAUGAGUAUAGAUAAAGAAGAAAAGAAUAAUUCAGGAACGAAUGAAUUUAUUAAAUCUAAAGAAAGAAAAAAGCGACAUGCAAAUGAAAAUCAUAAUAUGGAAAUUGAAGUAAUUAAUGGUAUAGAAGGAAAAACAAAUUCGUAUAUAACCUCAAAAAGAGCUAAAACUGUACAAGGCAAUGAACAAAGGAAGAUAUCUGUACCUGCUCAUAGAUAUACUCCUUUAAAAGAAAAUUGGAUGAAAAUAUUCACACCCAUCGUUGAACAUUUGCAAUUACAAAUUAGGUUUAAUUUGAAAACUCGAAAUAUAGAAUUACGAACAGCUCCAGAAACUCCUGAUAUUGCUAAUCUGCAGAAAGGAGCAGAUUUUAUAAAAGCAUUUAUUUAUGGUUUUGAAGUAGAAGAUGCCUUAGCUUUGUUACGUUUAGAUGAUUUAUUUGUAGAAUCAUUUGAAAUUCAAGAUGUAAAACCUCUAAAGGGUGACCAUCUUUCUAGAGCAAUUGGAAGAUUGGCUGGAAAGAGUGGAAGAACAAAAUUUACAAUAGAAAAUGUAACAAAGACUAGAAUUGUACUGGCAGAUAGUAAAAUUCAUAUACUCGGUUCUUUUCAAAACAUACAGUUAGCAAGAAGAGCUAUAUGUAAUUUAAUUUUGGGUAGUCCUCCAUCAAAAGUUUAUGGACAAUUAAGGAAUAUAGCAAGUAAAAUUUCAGAACGAUUAUAAAAUAAACACAAGUCAAAUUGAUUUAUAUAUUUAUAAAAACUUUUUCAGUUUUUAAAGAAAUUAAACAAUUUAAAUAAAAUUUAAUGUAAAUCCCUUAUAUAUAUAUAAUUAUCUUUCAUUUGACUUCAUAAAUUAGUCUUCAUUUAAAGAAGUAUUUGAUAUUUAUAUUUCCUUGGGACUUUAUUAAGAACUAAUCUACCAUCAUAACUAAGUGAUGCAAAUGUCCAAGGAUCUGCAGAUGACCAUUCAACUGCAUAAACACUAUCUUCAUGUUCUUCAUAUCUACCAACAACUCCAUCUUCAAGUCUAAAAAUGAUAUAAUUUAAUUUUCUAUAAUAUAAUAAUUUGAUUUAUAAUAUCAUUUUAAUUAUUAAUUAUUACUUGUUCUUCUUGCAAUUAUAAUCAUUUUGUGUACAAUCAUCUUCAGGGGAUACUAUAUGUCCAAAAGAUUCUGAAGAUAUUGAAGCAAUACUACAUAAUAUUACUCUUGAAUCACUACUUGAAGAUAAAACUAAUUGAUCAUGAAAACGAUUAAUUCGAAUACUCCACACCCAAUGUGAAUGUUCCAUACAAGACAAUACUGGUUCAGAAGGUGAUCGAAUAUCCCAAAAUUUCAUGUAACCAUCAUCUCCACAUGUAGAUAAAAUAUAUUGACGAUUCACAUUAAAAUCUAAAUCUCUGAAUGUAAUAUUAAUUACUUAUUAUUUUAUAAUUAAAUAUAAAAUCAAUACAAAAUAAA